AUGAGUCCCUCGCAGACCUUCAGCUCCGGCGGCGACGCCGACUCGUUCACGGAGAAGGGCGACCUCGACGGCGCCUCCGAAGCCGCCGACGUCGAGAAAGGUGCUCGACCGCGUCGCACCUUCGCGACCUUGAACUCUAUGCCCACGCUCCCCGUGGCUCGUUCAACCCAUUUCGGCGCCCACCCCUUGUCGCGACAAAACCAUCGCACCCUCUCCCGCACCAACUCGAUCUCACUCACCAGCGGGCCCGUACGUGCGAAUCCUCAUCACAAGUUGCCCGUCGUCUACCGCACGCUUAGCAUUCAAGUCACCGAAACACGGCAAGGGCACGAGACGUACAAGAAAAAGGCGAUUCAAGAUCUUGCGUCGCUCGAAUGGCACACCCUGCCCACCGAAGAAGUCUGCACACGCUUGGGCGUUUCCCCCGUCGUCGGCCUCGACACCCAGGUCGCUCAACGCAGGCUCGCCAAGAACGGCAAGAACGUCAUCUCGCCCCCUCCUCGUAACUUACCCAAGAAGGUGUGUAAACCAUAAGUUCGGAAAUCAGUACGUAGUACCUAGUGGAUGAUCGCUGAUCUCCCAUACUGUUCUUCUGGCCCCGUGCUCCCCCUUUUGGAAAAUCCCUCAAACCUCGCUCGCGCCACCUGUGCAAUGACUCCAGAUCUUCUUCUACAUCUUUGGUGGAUUCGGAUCACUUCUCGUGGGUGGUACAAUCAUCUGUUUCCUUUCAUGGUGCGUCUCCAAUGUGCUGCUCCUCAAUUGUUACCUCGAGACUGAUGCAGUGGCGCACACGUACACAUUAGGAAACCGCUCGGCAACCCCGAUCCGCAGACCUCGAACCUGGUCCUGGCCGUCGUCCUCGUCAUUGUGAUUGCGUUGCAAGCAUUCUUCAACGCGUGGCAGGACUACUCCACCGGCCGUACGAUGGCUUCUAUUUCCGGCAUGCUUCCAUCUGACGUGCUUGUGUGCCGAGAUGGCAACACGUUCACGAUCCCGGCCUCCGAUCUCGUGACUGGCGACGUCGUCAAAGUAACCCUCGGCUCCAAGGUGCCGGCUGAUCUUCGUUUGAUCGAGUGUUCGGCCGACUUGCGCUUCGAUCGUUCGAUCCUUACCGGCGAAUCGAACCCCAUCUCGGGUACGACUGUGACCACCGAUGCCAAUUUGUGAGUACCAAUCUUUCGACUGCGUCUGCAUCCCUGAUCUUCGAUCCCAGGUUGCUGACCCGAUGUUGGCCUCUUUUUGUGUCACUGUGUGCCAACAGCAUGGAGUCGCGCAACAUUGCUCUCCAAGGAACUCUGUGCCUUUCCGGAAGUGGUAUCGGCGUUUGCGUCGGUCUCGGAGACAGCACCGUCUUCGGUCGGAUCGCAAAGGACGCAACGGGCGAACGACCCGUCAAGACCUCGCUCGAAGUCGAGAUCAGCCGCUUCGUCCUCAUCAUCGGUUCUCUGGCGUUCAGUGUCGCGUUGCUCAUCGUCAUCUUCUGGGCCGCCUUCUUGCGCCGCAAACACCCCGCCUUCAUCAACGUUCCUACCCUCCUCAUCGACUGCGUGUCCGUCGCGAUCGCCUUCAUCCCCGAAGGCCUGCCCGUAUGCGUCACGCUCAGUUUGACCGUUAUCGCCGGCUCGAUGAAGAAAAAGAACAUCAUGUGCAAGACCUUGGCUACCGUCGAGUCACUCGGUUGCGUAUCCGUCAUCUGCUCCGACAAGACGGGUACGCUCACCCAGAACCGCAUGACCGUCGUCGACAUCGUCGUUGGGGACAAGAUCGUCUCGACCAAGGAUGCGCAAGCACUGGCCGCCGGCGGAGGUGAACUCAAUAUCAGUCGUCGAGCGGUUAUGACCUUGUCAUCCAUCGCUGGUCUGUGCAACGACGCCGCAUUUGGCUCCGCCGAUACCAACCUGCCAGCCCACGAACGCAAAGUCAAUGGUGACGCCACCGACACGGGACUCUUCCGAUUCGCCGAAGACUUGUCCCGCGUAGCUGAGCUCCGAGCCCUCUGGAAGGUAGUCGGCAAGCUCGCUUUCAACAGCAAAAAUAAGUUUGCGAUCAAGGUCUUCGCACCCUUCGACGCCGAGAAACACGAUGCUACGCUGCCCCCUCUGCUCGAGUCAGACGACUACCACCCCGAGGACUGCUUGAUGCUCGUCAAAGGCGCUCCGGACGUCCUCAUCAAGCGUUGCUCGACCUACAUGGACAUAGAAGGUCAGAUCCUCGCUCUCGACGACGCGGCCAUCACUUCCAUCUCGAGUCGUCAGAUCGAAUUGGCGGAACAGGGCAAACGGGUCUUGCUCCUCGCGCGCAAGGUCCUCCGCAGGGAUCAGGCCAAUGCGACCAACCUCGACGAUGAGGAUGCGCUGCUCGAACUCAACACGGAUCUGACGAUUGUGGGCUUGGCUGCGCUCGUCGACCCUCUGCGAGACGAUACUGCCGAGACGGUUCGAGUUUGCCGCGGCGCUGGAAUUCGUUUCAUGAUGGUAAGUAUUUCGGUCGUCAGGGUUUUUCAUUACUUGCUGGCUGACUCAAUGUAACUGUUCUUCCAGGUCACGGGUGACAUGUCCGUAACGGCCGUCUCGAUCGCACGAUCCGCUGGCAUCAUCACGACGUCCAAGGUCCAUGGGCUCGCCGACUUGCCUCGCGAUCUGCCUGAGGAUUCGAUCGCCCCCUACGACGCCAACAAAGCCCUCGACGCACCUCUUCGCUCGAUUGCGCUCAGUGGUCCCGAGCUCAUCACCAUGACCGCCUCUCAAUGGUCUCAGGUUAUGUCCUUCGACGAGGUCGUCUUUGCUCGCACGUCACCCCAACAAAAACUUCAGAUCGUCAAGUCGUACCAGGCCACGGGUUGCACCGUCGCCGUUACGGGUGACGGGUGCAACGAUGCGCCUGCCUUGAAGCAAGCCGACGUGGGUGUGGCCGUCGCUGGUGGUUCCGAGGUCGCCAUGGAAGCUGCGGACUUGAUCUUGCUCGACAACUUUAGCGCCAUCGUCGUCGGUAUCGAAUCGGGUCGACUCUGCUUCGAGAACUUGCGAAAAUCGAUUCUCUACCUCUUGCCUGCCGGAUCGUUCUCCGAGUUGAUGCCGGUCCUGGUCAACGUCUUCUUCGGCCUUCCCCAAGUGCUCUCCAACAUUCAGAUGAUCUUGAUUUGUGCCGUCACCGAGUGAGUUGAAAGUGCAUCCUCCGAAACCGCAUGUAUCGUAUGUUGACUCGCCCGAUCUCCGCAGUGUCCUUCCCGCCCUUUCUCUAUGUUUCGAGAAGCCCGAAGCCGACUUGCUCCUUCGCAAGCCUCGCGACCGUAAGAAAGAACGACUCGCUGAUGCGAAGCUCCUCGGUCACGCCUACUUUUUCCUUGGCGUCCCCGAGACGUUGACGGCUAUGACGGGUGCCUUUUACUUCGGCUUCCACCGCCACGGCGUCCCCUUCUCGUCGUUGUGGCUCAACUACUCAUCCGUCGUUGACGCGGGCCUCCUCAGCAAGGCGCAGUCGAUCUACUUUUUCAACUUGGUCCUGAUGCAGUGGUUCAACCUGCUUUCGACGCGCACGCGUCGCUUGUCCCUCGUCUCUCAAAACCCAUUGGGUUCGCCCCGAACCCGCAACUACCGCCUGUUCCCCGCCAUGGUCGCUGCGCUCCUAUUCGCGAUCGCGUUCUCCUACAUCCCUUGGUUCCAAAACAUCUUUGGCACCACGACCGUCGGUAUCGAGUUUUACGGCUUGCCUCUCGCUUAUGGAGCGGCGCUGCUCAUGUUCGAUGAGGUACGAAAAGCGAUCAACAGGAGGUACCCGGACGGCCGCUUGGCCAAGAUGGCAUGGUGA